AUGAAUAAUGGACGUUUCAAACAUGGAAUAUACAUUUCUCAAAAGCCUUCAAGGUGUUCUGUAGUAAUAAAUCACGUGUUCAAAACCUAUAGAAAAAAAACCAUUUUUAAUGAUGUCAACUUAGUUGCACACAGCGGCCAAAUGUAAUUACAUUGUAUUGUCACCAAUUUUAAAAUUACAAUUAUACUUUUAACUGUUAUAAAUCUCUGUAGCCUCUCUCCCUCCCUUCCAUAAAAACCUAAUAAAAUCUUAAAAUUAAUAAUUAGCAUUGUAGUUUAAAUCUAUUAACUAUAUGAAUAUUUGUUUUACAGAUGUGCUAUACUUGGUGCAAUAAAAAGUGGUAAAUCCAUGCUGCUUUCUUGUUUAGUUGGUGGUGCUAAAAUAGAUAAAGGACAUAUAUGGGUACUUGGCGGCCAACCGGGAACAAAAAGCAGCAAAACUUUUACUAAAAACAUUGGAUACAUGCCGCAGGUAAUACUAUUAUUGAUACUUACUUAACAACAAUUGCGUAAAUAAUGUACGAUUUAGAUAGGUCGAUCGUAUUAUAUAAUUAUUCAUAAUAAUAUAAUACAAUACCACACCAAUACUAAUAUAAUAAUAAUAAUACUAGUAACUAGUAAGAGAAGCUAUUUUAUCUAAUAAGUACUUACAAUUAGAGUGAUUUAUAAAUAAUCUAGUAUAAUAUAUUAUCUCAUCUCAAGGGGGCAUAUUAUAGUACUACGGGUUUAGUGAACGCGGGACCCCGAACUCCAAUUGGUGGAAAUCCCAAAUCAGUAAUUCCAGUAGACAUAUGGUAUUGUUUCUGUAGGGUGGAGGAAUUCAUUUUAUAGUUGACAAUACCAUUCUCUCUGUAGGAGGGGAUCAGUACCACGGUACCUCUACCUGUCGUUAGAGGUAACAAAUAGGGUUGCAUUAGGUCGACAGCCAGUGUACAAUUUUGUCAAUCAGUAUGAAGAGUUCUAAACAAGACUUAGGUGGAUUGUGCUAUUUCGAAUAUACACGGGAAUAAUGUUAGAGGAGAUACCAUGAUGUUUUCAGAUCACAUAGCUUUGAUAGGAUGAAAUGUAGAAUAAGUUAAUAAUAAGCUUGAUGAAUGAAGAGUAACACUUGAAGGAAAGGAACUAAGCAUAAGUAGAAGUAAAUCAGAGUAUGAGUUUAGAGGAACAGAAUAAGACAGUUAAAUAGCUAAUGACAAUAAGCGAGGCAAGAUUGAGAGUUUCGAGUAUCUAGAAUAUUUUGUAUAAAAGAACGGUGGCUAUCAUGAAAAUUUCAAAUAUGGAAUUAUGUGUGGCCGAAUAAAGCGAAACAAAUCGUCAAAUGUUUUAUGUGAAAAGCGAGAACUCCGAUGAAACGUAGGUUCUACAAAAGUAUAGUGAGACUGACUGUGUUGUAUGAUUCGGAGUAUUGAAUGGUAGACAGAAAAAAAUAACAGAAAAUGAGUGCAGCAUUUAUGAGAAUGUUUAAAUAAUUAAGUGGAGUGACGAGAGACGAUAAGAUAAGAAAUGAGUACAUAAGAGGAAGGUUGUGGCAUCGAUAGUAAACAAUAUGAGAAAAAAUAUACUUAGAUAGUUUGAACAUGUCAUAAGUAGAGAAGAAUCUGAAGCAGUAAAAAUUGUUAUGAAAAUAAAUAUAAGAGGAAAGAGGUGGAGAGGGAAACUGAAAAAGAUAUGAGUGCAGCGAGAGUAGGGGAGAUGGAAGAUCGGGUCAAGUGGAAGUUUAGAACGAGGGUGACCGACAACAAAUAUAUAGGAUUAAGGUAAAGGAAAAGAAAAUUAUUUAUUAUAAAUAUCAAAUAAUUAUUAUUUAAUCUAUUAUUUUUUGCCCAGUGGGAGGGAGGAAAGAAGUAUAAAAUAAAAACAAAUUUGACCUCAUCAAUUUGUUAAAAGUUAAUUUUAUUACUAUUUAAUAUAGGUUUAUCGUAAAUAAAAGGAGAGCGAUUUAUAAACAUUAUUUUAUAGUUCAUAUUAUUCGGCGAUAAGAAUCUAUAAAUAAAUUUAAAUACUUUAUGCCUGAUGGCGUGGUUAUAGUAGUAACUAGAGAGACUAGAUAAUAAUUAUUAUGCAACGUUCGAAUAAGAAAAUAAUUCAAUAGAUCAUAAAUUAUUAUUCACGUAAGAGAAAAAACUUAAAUAAUACAUUGUUUCGUAUUAUAAAUUACGUUUAAAUGAGUUAGAAAUACAUAAGUUUUCUCUAAUUUUAUUCGGGGAGGCAGUGGAUGGGGUCGGGGCAGGUGCAGUCCCCCAGGAGACAUGCUUGAAAUAAACAAGGAUUAGGAGAAGGCCGUGAUACCGGCCAUAUUUAAGGAGUUUUGUCUAGGCAAUUUUCACGAAAAAUCGCAUAAAUAUUUAAAUUAAUUUUCAAAUACAUUUACAAGUAAUCCAGUUUCUUGCGGAUGAAAACCGUCAUACACCUUAAUAAAGACCAUAAAAAAGAAGAAUUUUGAAUUUUAUUAUUCAGUUAAAGAAAAAAUAACAUACAAAUAUUGAAUUGACAAUGACUAAUUUUAGUAAGUUAUCCUUAACCUCAUGAAAUCGUAUUCGUCCGUAAAAACGGUUGUAGGUGACCCUUCCCAUUAAAUGAUUAUCGAACAUUAUUUUAGUGAAAGUCUUAUCAUUAAAGUGAUUAUAAUUAUGUUAAAGUUAUUUUUAAAUAUUACAAAAUGAGAGAAAAUUUGAAAAAAUGGCCCCUAAAAAAAAAAUAAUUAUUAAACUAUUAAAUAAUAAUUUUUUUUUUAGAAAUUUUGUUUAUAUCAGACAAUGACAUUUCUUGAACUUUUAGCAUAUUUCGGUCAAUUAUAUAGUAUAAAUUACCAAUUUAUUUUAUGGCGAAUAAACUAUUAUAACGAAUUGUUUACCCUACCACCAGCAAAUGCUAUAAUCAGAAAUUUAAGGUUAGUGUUAAUAUUAAUAAUAAGUAUUAAUUGUAAACUAAAAACUUACUAAAUAUUGUAAUAUAAUAAUACAUGUAUAUAAUGUAUGUAUGUAUACAGUUUCAGUGAAAAACGAAUAGUAUCUUUUUUAAUAGCUGUAUUUCACAGACCUCGAUUAAUAGUAUUAGAUGAGCCAACUGUGGGACUUGAUGUUUUUAAAAGAAAACAGUACGUAUACCAAUCGGAGAUUAUUUUCAGGAACCUCACACUAAUUUGUUUACAUAUAGAAUUUGGAAAUAUUUGUAUCACGUAAUCAGAACAUGGAAACCGACGCUAAUAAUAGCGACCAAUACUACCGAAGAAGCAUUUUUAGCAACUGAAGUAUUUAGUUUUAUUGUUCAAAAAUUACUAAAAUUAUUAAAAUUACUCUAGUUGUUUUCUAUUAAUUAUUAGAUAGCGUAUCUGAAAAAUGGACAAAUUAUAUUCAAAAAAGAAGUAAAAGAAUUACAACAAAUGAACCCAAAUAAAUCAAUAAAUGUCAUCGUAGAUGAUCUUUAUAAUAUUAUAAUGUCCAAUGUGGAUGUAAAUAAUUUAUAAUACCCUAUUUUAAUUUUUAUCGUGCUAUAUAUAUUUUUGAAAAAUUGUCUGUAAGGUUUAAACAAUUAACCCUAAAAAAAAAAAAGUAAAUUAUAAUUAAUUAUUAUUAAAUUUGUUUAUUUAAAUUUAGUUUGACGAGUGGAACAAUUCAAAUCAAACUGAGAUACCAGCUGAUAAAAAAGUAAGUACCUAAUUUUGUUAUACAUUAACAGGUAACUACGUAAUCAUGUUAUUAAUUUUAUAUUAUAUUAAUUUUAUUAACAUUUUAAUAAUUAUUAUAUUUUAACUAAAAUGAACACUAUAACUAAUGAGAAGUUAAGAAAUAUUGAAUAUAGAUUAAUAAUAUUUAAAACUGAUUCGUCACUUAUUUAUUCAAAUUCCAAUAGACUUAUUUUAAGCUAUAUAAAUAAAAGCAAUUGUGCAAAGCUUGUUUAAUAAAAAAAUUAAUGACGGAAUGACAGUUACAAAUAACUUUACUCAAUAGCAUAUGUUUAUAAGCAAACGUAUUUUUAUAGUUGCACAUUAUACAAUUAUUAAACAUUCCAUUUAUAACUCAACUUUAUUAUAGUAUGGGUGAGUGAAUAAUUCAAAUGGAAAUUAUAAUGGUUAUAAUAUUUAAAACGAGACAGAAUUUUAUUUAGGUAAUAAUAAGCAUCUAUCAAUAUACAUCUUUUAAACUUAACUGAUUUCCAUAUACACUAUAUACACUACAUACAAUUUUUAAAUAAAUAAUAAUAUUAUACGGGAUUACUAUAAUUGUAUUACCCAAUUAAUAAUACCCGGGUGAAAAUCAAUUGAGCAAUAAGAUAAUCAGUAGUUACAAAAUAAUCAAUGAAAAAUCACGAAAACAACUUUCAUCUUUUCAUAAUUUUUAACCUAUUCGAAGUUCGAACAUUUAAAAAUAUUAUCUAAAAUUUAAAAUCAAGUACUUCUGUAAUAUGAUCUAAUAUAAUUCACACCUAUUAUUAAUUUUAUAUUAAUACUUACUUCAAUCAAACAAAAAUCUUUCAUAUGCGUUUUAUAGUAAUUAUUACAAAUUCUAAGUACAAAACUUUACAGCUAAUGUGUUUCACAAUGUAAAACAUUCUUUAAAAAUAUUUAGAUACUUAACUAUCCUAUCUAAUCUAACCAUAUAUAUAUAAUUUUUUUUUUUAUAUAUAUUUCAGUUAAACCUUUAUAAGCGAAUCAAACCGAGGUCAACUAUUUGGAAGUUAAAAACGAUUACUAUUCAAAAUAUAAAAUUUUUAACGAAAAACAUAUGGUACGUUAACAACAUAGGUAAUUUUUACUUUUUUUUGUGCCAGAAAAUUUAAUUGGUUUUUAUAAUUUUAUAUUUAGGAUGUUUAUCUUGAUAUGCGUAAUUCCAACACUUCAAGUCAUAUUUUAUUGUAAAAAUUACGGGGAACAUCCCAAUCUAAUGUUUAUUGCAGUCUAUAAUCAAGAAACCGUAGAUUGUGUUAAUAAUCAAUGCGAGCAUAUUAGAAAUUGUGUUUAUUUUUCUUGUAAUUUCAUUAAUUCAUUCUCCACAAACAACAUUGAAACAGUAAGUUAAUUGUUUGUAUAAAUCGUAUACGGCAUCCUGUUAAAACACCUACCUAAAAAAAAAAAAAAUGUAUUUUUGUUAUGGAAAAGAAAUAUUAUGAUUCUGAAUUAUUGGCCAGAGAUUCUUUUAUCACAGGAUUAACUCUGGGGUACAUAAAAGUUCCUAAAAACUACACAAAAGCAAUUAUUAAAAGUAUAACAGAAAGCACAUUAGACGAGACUUAUGAUGUACUGGAAAAGUCGAGUAUUUGUAUUGAAAUAGAUAUGUUAAGUAACUAAGAUUAAUUAUAAAAUAUACCUAAUAAAAUAUGAAUCGUUAAAUGCAGAAAUGAUACAUGUUCAAAUUUUUCAUUUUUUAUGAAAGACAAAAAACUACAUUAACACCUAACCUAACCUAGAUAUUAAUAAUAUUUCAUAAAAUUAAUAUGGACAUUGUCCAUUGGACAAUUAUAAAAAACAUCUAGCAUUAUAACAUAACUAUCUCGAAAUUUGUUUUUCAUUUUUUCCUGAGAAAUUCGAACAUGUUUCCUUUCUGUACUUAAUAAUUUAUACGUACUUAGUGGUAAAUUUCGAUAAUCCUAAAAUAUUAGAUGUUUAUAGAAUUCGAAUUUGGGAAACUUUUAAAACAAAAGCUCAUGAACGUUCACCGAUUACAUCUGAUAAGCAUAUACAACCAUUACAAUAUGUCAAACAAAUAUGCUGAAAUCCCAUUAAAGGUUUGUUUAGAUUUAUAAAUAAUUAUUAAGUAGAUACACAAGAAUCCAAAAUUAUAUGUUUUUUGAUCAGAUACACAAUAAAUACAAUAAUGAACAGCUCACCGAAAAUACAGCAAGCGGAAUAAUAUCGUGGUAA